AUGUUUAGCUGUACCCUAGAAAAUUUAGUUUUUGCUAAUGAAGUUCAAGAGGGGCUGUUGUCAAAAUUUCUAGUAAAAUGUAAUAUGUGUAAUUAUAGCGCUGAGAUUUCAUCAGCUGACCCCAAAGACCACAAGAUGAAUCUUAACAAAUGUUUGGUGAACGUAGUUACAAGCAUUGGUUGUGGAUUCGCUCACCUGCAAGACAUUUUAAAUAAUUUGCAACUCCCGGUACUUUCUCAGCGGAAAUAUGCUGACAUUCAAUCAAAACUAUUUGAUGAGAUAGAAGAGAGCGCAAUUCAAGAAAUGCGCAAAGCAGCCGAUGAAGAAAAAGCUAUUGCAUUAUCUGAAAAGAAUGUUGGUGUGGAUGGAGUGCUGGAAAUCCUAGUAGUCCCCUCUUUGAUUUUGAAUAAAAAAUAUGAAAAAAGGCGGCAACUACUACACUACAGGCAGAAGCCCAGAAAGAAAUUAUUUAAAGAGAAAGAUCAUAAAGAGGCCACUAAUACCAACAAAAAUUAUGGACCAAAUUGCGAGAAACCGGACAUGACCCUCGAGGAAUACCAGGAACGGAAGGAAGAAUUUUUGAAAAACAUUAAGAAAACAAAAACGGAAAUUGAAAACAUCGAAGAAAGAACAAGAGAACAGGCUAAUUCUACUGAAUGGUUAGAAGCAAGAAGAAUUAUUUUAACUGCUUCCAAUUUCGCAACUAUUUGUAAGCGGAGGCCAACAACAUAUUGUGGACCCUUAGUCAAAACACUUCUCACAAAUAGCUUUAUCCAAUCUAGCGCGCUAAGUUGGGGAAGGGAUAAUGAAGGAAAAGCUUUUGAGGAAUUGAUGAACAAACAAAAACUGAUUAUAAAAAAAUGUGGAUUAUUUAUCAGUGAAAAACACUCAUUCUUGGGGGCAUCACCUGAUGGAUUAAUUGGUAAUAACGGACUAGUGGAAAUAAAAUGCCCAUGGUCCGCAAGGCAUCUGACACCAGAAGAAGGAAUCUCUCAAAAAAAAAUUACAAUUUGGAAGUAUACCAAAGAUGAAUGUAUUUUAAAUACCAAUCAUAAGUGGUAUUUUCAGGUACAGGGACAGCUAGCUGUCACUGAUAGAGCCUAUUGUGUAUUGUGCGUCUGGACUCCUUUGGACCCUGUAGACGACUUAAUUAACGCCAUAUCACUCAUUGACAUCAAUCCAUCUCUUCUGAUUCUUCUCAACGAUAGCGGAAAUAGAAUUCGCCCUUCAAUUCCUACAUCUGAAAGGAUUGAAUCUACUCCGGUAAUAUCUCAAUUACCAGCUAGUUCAAGUAACGCUAAUCUGGUACAGCCUAUUGAUUCCUCACACUCGAUAGACAUGUCCCCCCCAACCACACCUACCAUUACCAACAAAGAAUUGGACUCAUUUGUUCAAACUAUUCCAUCCUUCGACCCGCAACAACCUGACACUCUUUCAACAUUUAUAUUAGGGGUUGAUGAAGUAAUUCAGUUAUUUUUAAAUCAAACUUUUGCUAUGUGUUCUAAUACACAAUUAUAUUUGCUGAAUUUGCACAUAUUAAAACGUAUCACAGGUAGUGCUCACACUUACAUAAGAAAUAACAAAUUACAUACGUUCAUCCCAAAUGGUUUUGGUACAUGGUAUGCCAUUAGAGCUGCUCUAUUAGAUCAAUUUGGACAAUUAAAAACUAGAAAUUGCCUUUUGCGCGAAAUGACCGAAGACAAACAAAAACCGACAGAGACAUACAGGGACUUCUAUUUACGUGUUAACACAAAACUCAACGAACUAAUGCAACAAACUCAUCUUCACAUACAAGAUCCUGCUAAAGCAGAAGCAUACAAUGACAUGUACCGUGAAGAAGCUCUGCAGACAUUUGUUGCAGGCUUGAAUUCACCCUUCCGUGAAGCCCUAAGCAAUAUAGAAGUUUCCACAUUACGCGCGUGCAUAGAUCACUGCGAAAAAUAUAACAAUAUUCUCAUGAGACAUCGUGCCCUUCAAAGUAGAUCAAAUACGGUAGUUAGACCUUCAGCCAAUAAUAAUAAUAUUAAAUCCUUCCAAAGGCAAAAUCUAACCCAAGCAGGACCAUCUAAUUUUAGGAAUCAAAUGAAUCCUCAACCUAGAUUUUUUAAUCCUAAUUAUCGUAAUUUUCCAAAUCAAAGUAACCAAAAUAUUUCUCCUAAAUAUAACCCUCCAAUUAAUCAACAAAUAAAAAAUAAUCAAAUUUGGGAACCAAUGUCGGCCAGAACUUCGUCGAAUCGACAAAAUUUGUAUAACGUCGAACUUGAUCCACAUAAUUACUCUAGUUAUUAUUCUACUGACCCAGAUUUCAAGGACGCAAAUUCAAGUAACGAGGUCGAUAAUAACUUUGUGUCAGCAAUUGGAUAUCAACAACAUGAAUUUGUUGAUGAAAAAGUAACCCAUGUUUUGGAUAACAAUGUUUACAAUCAUGACUCCGAAAAUGUUAUGAAUAACACUGACGAAACUGAAACCGAAAAUUUUCAGAUACUGGCUUCCAACAACAGUGCCCCAUAG